AUGAAGUUCCAGUGGGCCUCUGGCCUCCUUCUGGGGGCGGUCGCUGUCGACGCCUUCAUGCCCGCUGAAUAUUCUUACGAAUCCUCCGAAGCUGAUCGUGUUGACGCAGCCAAAGAGGUCUCGGGCAGAGUUAGAUACCAGUCUCCUCCCGCGGAUUCCGAGUUGAUCCCCAAAACCAACCCGAAAGAUUCUAGUGAGAAUUGGGUGGUCGAGUGCUCCAGCCGGUAUCAAGGCUACGAGUGCCAAUAUGCCAUCGACGACCGGGCCGACAGAUACUGGCAGAGCAACCCGGACGAGCACGCGCCUUCUUGGAUCGUGGUUGAUCUGCGCAAGGAGUACUAUGUCUCCGGUCUGACCAUGCUGCCCCGAUUGAACGAGAAAUUCGGCCAGAUCGGUGAACAUCGGAUUUCGAUCUCUCAGAACAAGGACUCAUGGACCGAGGUCGCAUACGGCACCUGGGGUUCCAACAAGAGUCCCAAGAUGUCUGCUUUCGACCCCAAGCCGGCUCGCUAUGUCAAGCUUCUGGCCGAGUCUGCCUCCCUUCCCGAUCGGUCGCAGAACAGGACGGGACAGAUCUCCAUCGUCAACCUGGCCGUUUACGCCUACAACGAGGGCGAGUUCCCCCCGGAGCAACCCAGCAAGGGUGUCUGGGGUCCCACCGUCGACCUUCCCAUUGUCCCGGUGUCAUCGGCAGUCGAUCAGCACGGUGACAUCAUUCUGUGGUCGGCCUGGGCGGACGACCAGUUCUUCGCUUCCCCCGGUGGUAAGACUUUGACGACCACCAUGAACCGGGAUGGCAUCCUCACUCAGAGCGAGAUCUUCGAAACCAAGCACGACAUGUUCUGCCCCGGUACUUCCAUGGACAUCGAUGGCAACAUCGUCGUCAGUGGAGGAGCCGACUCCGGUCGCACCAGUGUGUACAAUGGAACCGCGUGGGUGAAAGGCCCCAGCAUGCAGAUUCCUCGUGGGUACCACGCCUCGACCACCCUCUCCGACGGUCGGAUCUUCGUGAUCGGAGGCUCCUGGAGCGGUGGAGACAAGGUGGAAAAGAACGCCGAGGUCUACUACCCUGGCGAGAAAGCCCGCUGGGCAACCCGUCCAGGCGCCAAGGUCGAACCCAUGAUGACCGAUGACCGGUUGGGCGCAUGGCGCGCCGAUAACCACGGCUGGCUGUUUGGCUGGAAGAAGGCCAGUGUCUUCCAGGCGGGCCCUAGUGUCGAGAUGCAUUGGUUUAAUGUGGAUCAGGAUGAUGGCAGGGGUAGGCCCAUCGGUUCCAUCAUAAAGGCCGGACCCCGUGGCAACGACAAGGACUCCAUGUCUGGUAGUGCCGUCAUGUUCGAUGCCACCCAAGGCAAGAUCCUCACCUUCGGUGGCCAGCGUCACUACGACGGCUCGUACGGCUCCAAGAACGCCUAUCUCAUCACCCUGGGAGCUGAGUACGAAGAGCCCGUCGUGGAGGUGGCCGGCAAGGGCACCGAUGGUACUGGCAAGGGCGGCAUGAACUUCCCCCGUGUGUUCCACACGUCGGCCAUCCUGCCUGAUGGCAAGGUCUUCAUUGCCGGAGGCCAGUCAUGGGGCAAGCCCUUCCACGAGGGCGAGAUCCAGUUCACCCCCGAGAUGUACGACCCCAAGACCGACACGUUCACCCCCCUGAGCGCCAACAACAUCAAGCGUGUCUACCACAGUAUCUCCAUGCUGUUGCCCGACGCCACUGUUCUCAACGGCGGCGGUGGCCUCUGUGGUAACUGCACCGCCAACCAUUAUGAUGCCCAGAUCUUCUCUCCUCCGUACCUCUUCACUUCGGACGGCAAGAAGGCCACUCGCCCCAAGAUCGUUCGCGGAGACGCAAAGGUUACCGUCGGCAAGACGAUCAAAUUCACGACCAACUACGACGUCAAGGAUGCUGCGUUGGUCCGUGUCGGAUCAACCACCCACACCGUCAACACCGAUCAGCGUCGCAUUCCCCUCGUCAUCAACCCCACCGGUAGCCACAGCUACUCUGCCGACCUCCCUAGCGAUGCUGGUAUCCUCCUUCCUGGAUGGUACAUGUUGUUCGCCAUGGAUGCCCAGGGCGUUCCCAGUGAGGCCAGCAUGGUCAAGGUUGAAUUGGCCUCUCGUCCUUCGUACAUGCUGGACGCAUACGAAGAGGAUCAGGAAUCGAAGCAUCCUACCUUCGAAUCUAUCACUGAGGACAAUGACUGCGAUGAUGACGACUUCAAGGGCAUCAUUUCCGUGAUCGUCACUUCGUCGACCAAGUUCUGGAAGGCUUGGAAGUCUGUUCUGAUCAGUCAGGCUUGA